GGGAAGGGCCCCCCCCGCCCCCAAAUGGUGACCUCUGACCCCGUGACCUGCUCCUUGAGCGCUGACCUUUCCCCGCGGGACAAGCCCCGCCCCCUUGCCCUAAACGCCGUCCCCUCGCCAUAAGCCCCGCCCACCGCUGCUCGCGACGUCACUUCCUGUUUCCGCUCCGUCGCGGUGAGUGGGGCGAAACAACGGGGGCACCGGGGCCCAGCGGUGGCAAAGCGCGGCCAUGGCGAAUCACCUCCGGUUCUGGGGCCGCACCGUCAUGGUCCAGAACGGCAACGUGGAGGCGGCGUACGGCGUGCUCAAUAGGAUCCUGACGCAGGACGGGCUGGUGGACACCGUGCGGCGCGGCCGCUACUACGAGAAGCCGUGCCGGCGGCGGCAGCGCCGGGCCUACGAGGCCUGCCGCCGGGUGUACGCGGCGGAGAUGGGCCGCAAGAUCGCGUUCCUGGCCCGGAGCAACCGGCUCGACCCGUGGCUCGGCUGCUAAUGGCGGCCGCAAUAAAACGCUCCUCCUCCUUC